GGAAUUCCAUCUUUAGAUACAAGCCAUUACGACUAGGAACGCAGACAAGUUCCAGGUCCGGAUUAAACAAAUCUCAAUGUCUGAGGACGACACAAAGGUAAUGGACGUGGAGGAGGAGGAAUGGCGUGGACAACUGGUGGAGCAGGGCGAUCUCAAAAGUCAAAAUGAGCGGCUGGCCCCGUACCAGACCAUGAACAGUACCGGGGGUUAUGUGUACAGCACGGACUAUGAGACCCAGUUAAUGAGGUUCUUGUGUAUUGGUACCACGGGAGGGACAUAUUACACGGGAGAGGCGGAACUCACAAGAGAGAAUACCCGCUGCAUAGACAGGUUGAUAAACAGUGGAAGGGGGAAAGAUGUUGUUGAACUUGUCCGUGAAUUCAGCGUGGGGAACCGAUCAUGUAAGCAGCGCCCCUUACUGUACACCCUGGCCUUGUGUUGUAGGUCUAACGACCCGGUCACAAAACACGAGGGCUACAACGUUCUGUCCGAUGUUUGCCGAAUUCCAACGCACCUGUUUGAGUUCAUAAAAUGCUGCGAAGAAGAAAGCGCGGGAACAGGGUGGGGACGAGCACACCGCAGGGCCAUUGCCAAUUGGUACUUGAAUUACGGGAAGAAGGGCAAAGGGGAGUUUUUGGCCCUUCAUAUGACGAAAUACAAGACUCGUUUUGGAUGGAACCACAAAGAUGUGUUUCGCCUCUGUCACAUCAAACCGGAAGUGGAUCAUCCCGAGAUCAAGUAUUUGGUCAUGGUCAGCACCAGGGGCAAGAAAAAGACUGACACGAGCGACUUCGUCCAGCAGGAAAAGCAGAAACCAGGGUAUGAAAACUCAGACUUGAAGAAAGUAAUGGUAUUUAUGGACGCAGUGGAGAAAGCUGAGAAAUGUAGGGACUCCAAUACAAUGACACGCUUAAUUUUAGAGCACAAAUUGACGCGGGAGCACGUACCUACCGAUUUGUUGAAGUCCAAAGAAAUUUGGAAAGCCUUGAUCAAAUUCAUGCCAAUGACAGCCAUGAUCAGAAAUCUUGGGAAAAUGUCUCAAUUGGAACUGUUGGAGCCCGGAAGCUUUGAAGAGAAUCUUACUAUUUCGAAACUGACAAAUCCAGAAAUGCUCACACGUGCAAGAAUUCACCCAUUUACCCUUUUAGUGGCCUUGAACCAGUACAAGAAAGGUCAAGGUGAGCUUGGGUCAUUGAAAUGGCAGACGAAUGACAAUAUCUCUAAGGCUCUGGAGGAUGCGUUCUACAUGUCGUUUAAGAACGUCAAGCCCACAGAUAAAAGAUUCUGUUUGGCUGUUGACGUCAGCGGUUCGAUGAAUGUUCCAGUGAUGGGCACUCCAACCAUUUCGGCCCGUGACGCCGCGGCAGCCAUGAUGAUGGUCACAGCUCGCACUGAAAAGAAUUUUGAAGUGGUGGCGUUUUCAGGAGGUCUUAGGCCACUAAACAUCAAAGCCACCGACAGCCUGGAAAACGUGCUGGACGAGUGUGCCUCUCUCCCAUUCUGCGGCACAGACUGUUCCCGCCCCAUGAUGUACGCCAUGGAGAAUAAGAAGGAAUUCGACGUCUUCAUUGUCUACACGGACUCGGAAACCUACUUCGGUAACAUCCACCCUUCGCAGGCUUUGGUGAACUACCGUUCGAUGUCUGGAAUCCCUCACGCGCGACUGAUCGUCUGCGGGAUGGCAAGCAACAGUUUCACCAUCGCCGACCCUAACGAUCCCAUGAUGAUGGACGUUGUUGGCUUUGACACCAACGCUCCACAAGCCAUCCAAGAGUUUGUGUUGGGACAUAUUUAAUCUCCACCCAAGCCAUCCAAGAGUGUGUUGGGACACAUUUAAUCUCGACGUCAACGUCAUUUCACCAGCGGUUUGGUAUAUACCAUGUAAACAAAAUAUAAACUAUACACACAAAUAGAAUAUUUGUAAGAAAACUAAUGACGAGAUUAUUAUGACAUAUUCGUGUACAUCUAUGUAAAUUUUCUGUCACUAAUCAUUUUACGAACUGACACGCUUCAUUUAAUUUGUGUAUGUUUAUUAAGUAUAACCAAUGUUUAUUGUCUGUUUUAUAUUUGAAUCAUUUCUGUUUAGCUGUUUUAUUAAUAUUUUCCGAUCAUGCUUUUGCUUGAUACAUAAUAUCUUUGACCAGAUCCAAUAUAGUGUGGCCAUAAUUUUCGUAUUUCAUUUUUCAACCCAGUCCAAUUUUUAACAAAUCUUGAACCUUAAAAAUAUAUAUAUAUUUCUCGCUGCGUUAAUAACAGGAUGUAACUUAAUCAUCAUUAAAAAUAAUUGAAAUAUAACUCGUGUAUAGCAACUUUUUAAAAUGGCGAAAAAUGAUGUUAGUUUCUGUGUAAAAAACAUACAAAAAGUGAUCGAAUAACAAACUUACCGUUUUUUUGCAAUGUAUUAAGAAUAUUUUUAACGAGUAACUACUUCAAAUUUUCAAGCGCAACACCACAUUUCUCUUUGAUUUUCUAUUGCGAUGUUAUGUGUAAAUUCAUAAGAUAAAUUUACAAUUAAGUUUGCUGGCAUUUUCUUAAUUUCCUUUGACAAAAUUUAUAAAAGUAAAUUUGUUUAAUUAUGAAAAAACACGUUUUACUACAAUGAAAGAUAUUAUUGGCUAGGCCUCCAAGAUUUCCUAGAUACUACUAAGUUAGUGUUACGAUCAUUUACAGAUAAUUUUCAAUCAUUUCAUUUUUAAAGUUUUUUUUAAAAUGUAGAAUAAUCAGAAAUGUGACUAUGUUAUCUGCAUAACCAUUAAAAAAGAGUGUCAAACACGU